AUUUAAAUAACAAACAAUGUGUUGCUAUUGUGUUGUCAUUAAUGAUAUAACAGUUGUUUUGUAAUAAUAAUAAUAAUAAUAAUAAUUAAUUAUUAUUAUUAUUAUUAGUGACCACACAAUCGGGUGGUGGCCAGUGAUAUCACCGGUCCAUAACAACACACACAAACAAGUAGUCCAUUGAUAUAUUACCGAUACUGCAGUCAAUUAUUAUUAUUAGGUCAUGUAUUUGUCGUCAUCAUCAGCGUCGGCCAAACGGUUACCGAUAAUGGCCACUACUACGGUCACUGUUAUUAUUAUGGCAUUGUUGGCCAUCAUAUCUAUGGCUGAGACUACGCCUUCCGAUAAGCCGCCGAUUUCGUUGUUGGCCAUCAACGACCAAAAGCGGCGGCAACAACCCAACCAACAACAACAACGGGCCGAUAUGUAUACCAAUCUGAUCGAGACUCGCGACCCGAUUACCGAAACCAAUCGCCGAUUUUGUGUACUCGACUAUGUCUGGACACGCGACUCGACCCGCAAUCAGUCGCGCGGCCACUGGCACGAUCUGUAUACCGAUCUCUAUGAUCAGCAAAAAGAUAUUUGCGACCUGUCGGCUAUCGUCGACCCGCUGAUGACCAAUCAUACCGUACUUAUCCAGUACUCUGGCGACUGCGAUAUCAACCAACAGAUCGACUAUUUCAACGGUACGGCCAUUGCGGCACUGUUGGUGUCCGUCGGAUGUGCGCUCGAUAUCGACGCGGCCGUAAACAUAACACGCGAUACCUUACGGGCCAAUCGUUUUCCAGUUGCACUAAUAUCACAGUCCAGUGUCGACCAGAUGCUAAAAUCGCCGACCACUUCAGGCGGUCGCUAUCAUCAUCAUCAUCAACAGCGGCGCUAUCAGUGCCGUCUAUACGAACUGGCCGCGGAUCCCGUCGGCUACGCUUUCGACUAUUCUAUACUAUGUAUAUGGCUGUUGGCCACGUUUACCGUAACGAUGGGCGCCUACUGGUCAGGUAGUGUACGGUUCCGUAUAUUUCAGUCGACUCAGGAACAAUUGGCUACCAAAGUGGCCAAAUCCGACUCAGCUGACACCGCCGAUACACAAAAGCCGGCUACACUGGACGGCGAGGAAGCGUUUAUCAAUUUGUCGCCCCUAUUGGUACUCUGUUUUGUCCUAAUGAUGGCCGUCAUGCUAUGUUUGCUAUACUUUUUCUACCGAUACCUGGUCUACGUAAUCAUCUUCCUGUUCAUACUGGCCUCCAUUGGCUCACUGUUUGCCUGUUUCGAGCCACUGAUCGUACGGGUAUUACCCGACCGUUUUACGCGGCCAUCGUUUAUUGUUUGCAAUGUCCGAUGCGGUAAAAUGUAUUACUAUCAGCUGUUAUUGUUGAUCAUAGCGGCUACAGUGGCCAUCACAUGGUAUUUUGUCCGACGCCAGCCAUACGCUUGGCUAUUGCAAGACUGGUUGGGCGUAUGUUUUAGUCUGAAUAUGUUACGUACGAUACGACUGCCCUCCUAUAAGAUAUGUGUGAUAUUAUUGUCGGCACUGUUCUUCUACGACAUAUUUUUCGUAUUCAUUACACCAUUGAUCACAUCAAAAGGCAACUCUGUGAUGGUAGACGUGGCCACUGGCGGAUCGGGCGGCAAAUCUCGUUGCGGUACACCCGGCGAAACCAUACCGAUGGUUAUGCGUGUACCGCACAAUAUCUUCAAGCCGCGUAACGAUAGUUCGCCAAUGGACGUCUGCUACGGUACAUCGGAUUCGUUGCUCGGUUUCGGCGACAUACUGGUGCCCGGACUACUGGUAGCCUAUUGUUAUUCAUUCGAUUUGAUUGCAAAUAUCAAGUAUCGGGUCUACUAUCUGACCACUUGUAUUGGUUACGGAGUCGGUCUGAUUGCUACGUUUGCCGGACUGUAUUUGAUGAGCGGUAGCGCACAGCCGGCCCUCCUAUAUCUGGUACCGUUUACUAUGAUACCGCCGCUGUUGAUCGCCUGGUAUCGAAACGAUUUGCUGCACCUAUGGUCGGGUCCUGAAUCCUAUCACCACCACCACCAACAACAACAACCCAGCCGUUGCCACUCAUCAUCAUCGCGAAAGUCAUCGGCAAAAUGUGGACCAAAAACGACUGCCACCGCUGCCGACGAUAAUAAUUUGUUGAUUACCGGCUCGGCUACUGAUCAUCACCAACAGCUUCACUCGUCACAGGAGUCGUCGUCAUCGUCGAGCGCUGGUAGUUAACACCUCCAGUUAGCACCGGGAUGUCUAGUUUCCCGCCGCCACUCCCCCCACCCCCUGGUUGAUGUCAUUCCAGAUUGAUUUUUUAAUUUAUAUACAGUAUAUGAUAUAAAGUA